GCCUUACACUAUGUAUAGCUCGGAAAACAUAGAAGAGGACACGGAGGAGUUGAGGCGACGGGGAAACCUUUGCCCUUGUGAGUCAAGGACUGUGGAGGAAAGUGGGUUUGAAUGCCAGACAGAGCACACAGGCAGAGGCGCUGACGGUCCUGCUGUGUCUCUACAGCUGCAUUUACUUGGGUUUAUUUUGAACGUUGGCAGGACAGAGGACAGCAGAGGAGGGAAGACUCUGAAGGGUUGCUUUCUUCAGACACAGCAACAGAUAUUACAACGAUCAGACGAAGCCCCUCAGCACAGCACCUCCCCAGAAAUGGGUAAUUCGGCUGAUGACAGCCGGCUCCAGCUGGAAUCUCCUUUUCCUGGUGAUAAACCUGUCAGUACCGAUGACGGCGGAGAAAAAAAGGGCCAGAGAAGAAGCUGUGAGGAUGACGAAGACGGUCACCUGGUCUAUCACACGGGCCACGUGCUGAAAGGAAGAUAUGAGCUCGUCUCGACGCUGGGAGCAGGAGCUUUUGGAAAAGUUGUAAAAUGUAUUGACAGAGUCAAAAAUGAGCAUGUGGCUGUGAAGAUUGUGAGGAACCUUGAGGGUUUCUGUGAGAUGGCGAGGUCUGAGAUUGCAGUGCUGGAGGAGAUUAACAGCCUCGACGACGACAACAGAUUUGCUGUCGUGCGGAUGCUGGACUGGUUCGAGCACAAAGGUCACGUGUGCAUCGUGCUGGAGCUGCUGGGCCUCAGCACGUUCGAGUUCCUCAGACAGAACGAGUUCCUGCCGUUCAGCGUGGAGCAGAUCAGACACAUGGCCUUCCAGCUCUUCAGAGCAGUGAGCUUCCUGCAUCGCAACAAGCUGACGCACACAGACCUAAAACCAGAGAACAUCCUGUUUGUCUGCUCUGAUUAUGACCUGGACUACAACUGUGAGAAAAGAUGCGGGGAGCGGAAACUGAGGAGGCUGGAUGUGAAAGUGGUGGAUUUUGGCACCGCUGUGUUCGACCACGAGCACCAUGAAUCCCUGGUGUCGACGCGCCACUACCGAGCUCCAGAGGUCCUACUGGAUCUGGGCUGGAACCAGUCAUGUGACGUUUGGAGUCUGGGCUGCAUCCUCAUGGAGUUCUACCUGGGACGGACGCUGUUUCCUACCCAUGACAGUGAGGAACAUUUGUCUAUGAUGGAGACAAUCCUUGGGCCAAUUCCCCCCCAUCUGCUAAAACACACACGAAAGCAGUGUUGCGUGGACUGGGAUGAGCGAAGCUGCUCUAAUGAUUACAUCCAGAAACACUGUAAACCACUCCAGCAAUACAUGCAGGAGAAGAGUGAGGAGGAGCUGCAGCUGUUCGACCUGCUCAGAUGGAUGUUGGAGUAUGACGUCACCCGGCGGAUCACCAUGGAGGAGGCGCUGUGGCACCCGUUCUUCAGCCCGCUAAGGUCAUAGCGGCAUCACCGUAGUUAGAGCCUGCACGCAUUCCUUUUACCUCAUUCCCUGAUUUAACCUCAGUUGUAUUAUUGGUUAAAGAGCUAGUGGCAUAUUCAAACCUAAACCUGAACUAGCUUGAGUAGAUCAUUAUUGAAUAAUCAAAAUAAAGGUAGCACGGUGUCAAGGCAUUAGAGGGCGGUUUGAAACGCAGCUACCAGUAGGUGGCAGCAACGAGGUAUUUAUUCUGGCACCUGCAGCAGUAGAAGACGAAGAAGAAGGCAAAAUGUUUUUUACACACAGAUUUUCACCUCAAAUUCAGCAUUGUGGAAAUUCUCCUGGCAAUAAAGGGAUAAUUAUGAGAAAUAAUUAUAAGAAAUAGGAAAUUUGGGCUCCAUGCAAAUCUGGUGCCUUUAUCGCCUACAUGAAAGUGGGUGAAAGCCUUAACUUUAGGUAAACAGCUGCCUUCCAUAGCCACUUUGCUGAUAUUGUAUGUGUUAUAUUGGAUUUUGGAAAUUGUGCUUAUAGAUGUGUCACAUUUCAUGCCUUAUCCAUAGUCUUGUCUCCAUCCAUUAAUAUUGCCAUCUACUCCCUCUUGUUCUCAUCCCCAUCACUUUGACAGGAUCUGCACCAUCCACCUGUAGCUACAGUUAUUGGCUUUAAUUUAAGCUAUUUCCACUUUUACAAAUAUACAGUCAUGAGUAGUUCAUUAGUUUGCUGUUAAUGGCGUUUCCCUGCCACAUUAUCGAUGCUGGAUAUUGUAUCCCUCACAGUUCACACAUUCAGUUACCUUUGUCAGUUACAGUUCUGUCUGCAGCAGUGCUUUCAGCUGAGUUCAUUUUAAGCAAUGCAAUAUUGAUAAAUGAUUAUUGACAAAAAACUGUAUUUACCAACUUGUACUUAUUACUAAGUUUUGUUGUACUAUUUGUUUUGUGACUCUCUUGAAACUGUAAAAUAUUCCUGAAUUAUUUUUCUGUAUUAAAACCAAAAAUUAUAAUAAACACACUCUGAAUAAAGAACUUUUGUAAGUAAAAUAAAAAUA